GGGAGCCCUCUCCCCCCACGUGUAGUUUACCUCUGUUAAUGCCGUGUGACCGUGAUGGUCUCCGCCAUGGACACAGUGUCGACUUCGGAAGGCCAGGCUGAAAACGGCAGAGAAGAAGAAAACGGCAGAGAAGAAGAGAACGGCGGAAAAGAAGAAGACGCGCUAAAGGCGCCGAAAAGAAAGAUGUCGCUGUCAGACUGUACCAUGUGCGGAUCAGAAGAGGCUAAGUACAGAUGCCCUGCCUGUCUAAAAUACUCUUGCAGCUUGCCAUGUGUGAAGAAACACAAGGAAGUUUCGGGAUGCAGUGGCGUUCGAGACAAGACCGCAUUUGUGGCCCUCUCGCAGUUUGAAGAGAUUAAUCUGCUCAGUGACUACAGGUUUCUGGAGGAUACGGGGCGGUUUGCUGAUGGUGCCACGAGAGACACCCUAGUUCGCACUCCACGUGUCACAUUUAAAGCUAAAAAGUUGGCCACCAGUGCCAGGAAAAUAAACAUUACCUUGAGGUUCCUCCCCGUCACCUUCACCAGGAGCAAAGAAAACUCCACCAUCUUUUACGUUAAAGAAAAUCGGUUCCUUUGGCACCUGAAGCUCAUCUUCCCUCAGGGCAACACAGAGUUCAGUGUGAGGAGAGUGCCUGACAAUCAAACCCUGGAGGAGAUCCUGGCUCCUUACAUUCACCCCACUGAAUCUGACCCAGUCCGGCGCCAAAAAUUGAAGAUGUAUGUGCGUGCCCCAGCUGAUCACUUGAAGGUCUUCAUGAAAGCAGAAGGGAGCAAGGCUAACUCUGUGAGGUACCAUGAGAUGGACCUCAGAAAGAGCUUAAGGGACAACCUGAGCUACAAAACGCUAAUUGAAUAUCCAGUCUUGCAUGUUGUUCUCCGAGACUAUUUCCAGGACUACCUGCUGAAUGGACCAGUGGGAUUGGCUUCAGCCUGUAAUAGAGACACAACAAAGGGGCAAGCGCAAGAUCAAGAUCAAAGUAGGAAGGAUGCGGCCCAACUUCCACCAUCUCAGCAAGGGUCUCUCACACCAGGAGGAACGAGCAUCUUGGCCGGGAGCCAGGGGGUCAGUCCUGAAACUGAGCCCCCAACCGAGAAGAGAGCCAGGAGGGAAGCAGGGGAGAUGCUGGAGGAGGGUGAGAUCACAGACAGCAGUAGUGAUGAAGAAGAGGUGAAGUAGGGAAAUAAUGAAUAUGACAUCCUUGUUGUUAAAAGCCAUACAGUUAGUUAUGAAGACGGGGGUAAGCAGAUAUUCUGUCUCAUAAGGAGGUGGCUGAACAUGAUCUAACAGACACCAGGGCAGAUGACGCCGGUAAGAGCAGCAUGGUGACGGCAGUAGGUAUAAAUAAGGCUGUCUGCUGUUACCAUAUGACUUCCAUGCAUAGUACUGAGGACACUGGAAGUGAUCCCGGGCCUGUUCGUACCGGUCGUGCCCGUAACAAAAAUGAGUCAACUAGUACUGCUGAAUAUUCUGGAUAUAAUGCUAAUGACAGUAUUGCAGGUGCUGGUAACGAAAUGAAUGAAGGAGUGAACAUCACAAAAAAGAUGGCAAAUUUUGUCGGUAUACGUGGCUCUAAAACAACCUUUGUUUGUACUUUUCUGAAAUGUGUGGAGAUUUUACGAUAAAUUCAGCUUGUGUUUAACAUUCCUGUCCUUUAUGUUUGUAUCAUGACGGUUUUAUUGAAUAAAACGUUG